AUGUACGUGAUCAUGGAUCGUGCCUUACCGCAUAUCAGCGAUGGUUUAAAACCUGUACAACGCCGUAUUGUGUAUGCCAUGAGUGAAUUGGGGCUGAAACACAGCGGUAAACCCAAAAAAUCUGCGCGUACCGUCGGCGAUGUGCUCGGUAAGUAUCACCCGCAUGGUGAUUCGGCCUGCUAUGAAGCGAUGGUGCUGAUGGCGCAGCCUUUUAGUUAUCGUUAUCCAUUUAUUGAAGGUCAAGGUAACUGGGGUUCUCCCGAUGAUCCGAAAUCAUUCGCGGCGAUGCGUUAUACCGAAGCCAAAUUAUCUCAGUAUAGUGAAGUGCUUUUGUCUGAACUGGGACAGGGGACUUGUGACUGGCAGGACAACUUUGAUGGUUCGAUGAAAGAGCCUGUGACUUUACCUGCACGUAUUCCGAAUAUUUUGUUAAAUGGCACUACGGGCAUUGCGGUUGGUAUGGCUACGGACAUUCCACCACACAACCUGCGUGAAGUCGUGAAAGGCACCAUUGCCUUAAUUCGCAAUCCAAAUUUAAGCGAUGAAAAAGUUGCAGAAUAUAUUCCUGCACCCGAUUUGCCGACCAAAGCAGAAAUUAUUACGCCACCUGAAGAGCUGUUAAAAAUACAAAGCACAGGUCGGGGCAGUUACCGUAUGCGUUCGGUGUAUCGCAUCGAAAAAAAUGAAAUUGUGAUCACGGACUUGCCUUAUCAAGUGUCAGGCUCGAAAGUUAUUUCGCAAAUUGCAGAUCAAAUGCAGGCGAAAAAACUGCCUUUGGUGAGCGAUGUACGAGAUGAAUCAGAUCAUCAAAACCCAACCCGUUUGGUAAUCGUACUGCGCUCAAAUCGGAUUGAUGCUGAAGCGGUAAUGAGUCACCUUUUUGCCACCACCGAUCUUGAGUCGAGCUAUCGGGUCAAUAUGAACAUGAUUGGUGCGGAUGGCCGUCCACAAGUGAAAUCGAUUCGUCGUAUUUUGCUGGAGUGGAUUGAAAUUCGAAAGGAAACCGUCACCCGUCGUCUGCAAUAUCACCUGAAUAAAAUUGAAAAACGCUUACAUAUUUUGGGCGGUUUGAUUAUUGCCUAUUUAAAUAUUGAUGAAGUGAUUCGUAUUAUUCGUGAAGAAGAACAGCCCAAAGCGGAGUUGAUGUCACGUUUUAAUAUUGAUGAUAUUCAGGCCGAAGCCAUUUUAGAACUCAAGUUACGUCAUUUGGCUCGACUUGAAGAAAUGGAAAUGCGCCGUGAGCAAGAAGAGUUAGAAGCCAAAGCUGCACUGAUUCGUGAACAGUUGGCCAAUCCUGAGUCUUUAAAAGCUUUGAUCAUCAAUGAACUCAAAGAUGAUGCGAAAAAAUACGGCGAUGACCGUCGUUCACCAAUCGUGCAUCGUGCAGAAGCGACGGCGAUGAGUGAGCAAGACUUCAUGCCUGCUGAUCCUGUGACUGUGGUGUUGUCUGAAGCGGGGUGGAUUCGUUCAGCCAAAGGUCAUGAAGUUGAUGCCGAAAACCUGAACUUCCGUGCAGGCGAUCAAUACCUCAGUCAUGCGCAAGGCAAAUCGAAUCAGCGCGUGUAUGUGUUGAUCAUCGAAAACUUUGCCUCUGUUUACCAAGCGAUUAAUGGUAAAACGCCAGUUAAACAUGUCGUGAUUGCCUCUGUAGGUGACAUGUUGGGUGCAUUAAAAGGCACACUGGUGAACUUUGUAUUACGUUCAGUUCGUAAGCAAAUUCCAGCAUGGAAUAUUCCUGGCCAUAUUCGCUUUAAUGCGGCAAUGUCGAAAGUUAGUGCGAGUAACUAUAAGCGCCCGAACUUAACGUUAAGUGACACAGCAGUGCUUCAGUACACUGGCGGCACUACAGGGGUAUCUAAAGGUGCAGAACUGACGCAUCGCAACCUUGUGGCGAACAUGUUGCAGUGUGACGGUAUUUUCCAAAGUAAAUUUGGUGCACAAGAUGGUCAACCUGAUGACCGCAUUUUCUGUGCCUUACCGCUAUAUCAUAUUUUUGCGUUCAUGGUUUGUGCGAUGUACGGCAUGUACAAAGGCCAAGCCAACGUUUUGAUUCCAAACCCGCGUGAUUUACCUGCGGUGAUGAAAGAAUUACGUAAAUAUCAACCGUCAUUCUUCCCAGCAGUGAAUACACUAUUCAAUGCUUUAGUGAACAAUGAAGAGUUUAAGCAACUCGACCACAGCAAAUUGAAAAUGGCGAUGGGUGGUGGUAUGGCUGUGCUUCCUUCUACAGCAGAAGCGUGGAAGCGAAUUACUGGAACCAACAUCAUUGAAGGUUACGGCCUAUCUGAAACUUCACCUGUGGCAACGGCAAAUCCGCCAGCGUCAGAAGAGUUCAGUGGCACAAUUGGUAUUCCAUUGCCAUUAACUGAAGUUGCAAUUUUGGAUGAUGAUGGUAAGGAAGUUGCACUGGGUGAACAAGGUGAGAUUUCAAUCCGUGGUCCACAAGUGAUGCGUGGCUAUUGGAACCGUGCAGAUGAAACAGCUAAAGUGAUGACUGAAGAUGGUUUCUUCCGUACGGGUGACAUUGGUGUCAUGGACGCUCGCGGCUAUGUGAAAAUUGUAGACCGUAAGAAAGACAUGAUUUUGGUGUCAGGCUUUAACGUUUACCCUUCAGAAAUCGAAGAAGUGGUUUCAAAGCAUCCUAAAGUAUUGGAAGUGGCUGCCAUUGGUGUACCUGAUGAAAAAUCAGGUGAAGUACCAAAACUGUUUGUGGUGAAGAAAGAUCCAUCUUUAACCACAGAAGAAGUAUUGGCAUUUGCGAAAGAGAACUUAACGGGUUACAAACGUCCGCGUUAUGUUGAAUUCUUGGACGAGUUACCGAAAUCAAACGUAGGAUUUCGCGCCAAAGAUAAUCAACAUCCGCGUGAAUUUCUCGCCAAAACGACUGGUCUGGCAGCACGUGCCAAUGCGGCACAGCAAAAUAGCUUUGAGAGUUUACCGUUAUUUAUUGCCGCUAUCUUAAUGGCUGAAUAUAUGGUGAUUCCGCAAGUGGUCACCAUGACUUUUGGUAUUGCCUAUCUUGUCUUUCGUGUGGUGUAUGGGAUUUGCUAUUUGGCCAACUGGUCGACGCUCCGUACGAUCGUUUGGCUGUUGUCACUGCUUUGUCCUAUUUGUUUAUUAUUGUUGGUCAUUCGACUGACGAUGGGCUAA